AAGAGAAUUGAAUAAAGAUUGAGUAUGAGAAAAGGGGCUAUAAGAAUGAGGGGGUCGGGGGAGGGCAUAUUGUUGGAGAGCAUAGGAUGGGAAGGUCCCCUUGCUGUGAGAAAGCACACACAAACAAAGGUGCAUGGACCAAAGAAGAAGAUCAUCGCCUCAUUUCUUACAUUAGAGCUCACGGUGAAGGCUGCUGGCGCUCUCUCCCCAAAGCCGCCGGCCUUCUCCGUUGCGGCAAGAGCUGUCGUCUCCGCUGGAUCAACUAUCUCCGCCCUGACCUCAAGCGCGGCAAUUUCUCCCUCGAAGAAGACCAACUCAUCAUCAAACUCCACAGCCUCCUUGGCAACAAGUGGUCUCUAAUUGCUGGUAGAUUGCCCGGUAGAACUGACAAUGAGAUCAAGAAUUACUGGAAUACUCACAUACGCAGGAAGCUUCUGAGCAGAGGUAUUGACCCUGCCACUCACAGGCCUCUCAACGAUUCUUCUCAUCAAGAACCUGCUGCUGUCUCUGCCCCUCCUAAACAUCAAGAGUCCUUUCACCAUGAACGCUGCCCUGACUUGAACCUUGAGCUAACCAUUAGUCCUCCCCAUCAUCCUCAACCUGAUCAUCCGCACUUGAAGACCCUUGUGACAAACUCAAACCUUUGCUUUCCCUGCAGUCUGGGUUUGCAUAAUAGCAAAGAUUGUAGCUGUGCCCUCCACACUAGCACUGCCAACGCUACUGCUACUGGCUAUGAUUUCUUGGCCUUGAAAACCACCGUCGUUUUGGAUUACAGAACCUUGCACAUGAAAUGAAAUCAUAUUACUGAAAUCUCUCUCUUUCUUUCUUUCUUUCUUUUCUUCUCUAAUAUAAUUUCUUACUUACUUACUUACUUACUUACUUACUUGUUAAUGGUUGCAAAUGAUAAAAAAGUUCCAGCCAGUACAGUUGAACAUUUCCAUUUUCCUCCUCCCUUUUA